GAUUGUCCUGCUGUUAUGCGCAUGGAGUGUAGCUUUUAUAUGCGAUUUCUAUCAGCACUGGGAGGGGAUAAGCGAAAGCCUGAAAAACAGACUUUCGUUUCAGCAGAAAUAGUAGCAUCGAUUACAGUGACAUGCGUUCAUACUUGAAUGACUUGCACCCGCUGCUGCAUCUUGUUUCUGUUGGGUACUGCCAGCUCUGUGUUGUUGUCACGAAUACAUGUGGUUUUACAUACUUCUGCAGUUGUGUAUCUCAACUGCUCGGUGCUGCGUGGUUAGUUAUAAUCGCCAGUAGUGAGGUCUGUGAAACAUACCUUCUUCAUAGCGUAUGGUUGCAGCCAGUAUUUCAAAGAGGGGAUUUGUUUUUUCGGGGCACUACUCUUUGUUUCACCUCACGAUGGGGUGCGGGCAAUUCUACGAGCCAUCGAAGCCAUUCUAAUGUCACAUGACCUUCGAGAGGGGUGCAACGAUGCGCAAAGUGCAUAGUUGUACGUUCACGGCGCUGGGAUGGCUCGUAGUACCCGCUGCUGUUUGUCGUAAGCUGAAACGGAGUAUAUGUGGCUCGGCGAAGCAUUAGCUACCCCUCCAAAGCUUCCAGGAGGUCUGUUUUCGACUUCCAGCCAGUCUUGGGCAGUGACGCAUUACUGAAACUUCAUUCCCUUUUUUGGUAACUUUGAACUGUGACGUGCUACCUUUUCGAAGUGUUACCUGUAGCUGCACUGAGACAGCAAGUAAGGCUAAUUGGCUGUACAUUCUUGAGGUAAAACACCUAAAGGCAGGGACGGAAAAGAGAUGCUUACAGGACAUAGCAUUGUAUCCUGUUAGCAUCUAUUUUCUUCUCUUUCUGUCUUUAGGCGUUUUACUUCAAGAUUACAUGUGUAGUUGUAAUACUUUUUCGGAAGUAAUGGCGUUACUUCUGUCAUUACUUUUGACAGUUUUUUCAGCAUUGAAUGAGUACAAUCUAGACAUUCCUCGUGCUUUUCAAAUGAUGUAUUUCCACAUUUUGACUGUCAUGUUUGUCUUGUGUCAACUUGCAUGAAAUUUACUUUUUACUUCCACUUUCUGUAACAAACUGAGGGGGCGAUUUCGACUUUAUUUUUGUAGUUUUAUGAAAAAGCACCCUUCUAAAAGUAACUGUAACAAAUUCCUUUUCCAUUGCUGUAACUGUAAUAGUAACUAUGCUACUUGUAUCAAAAAGUAACUGCAUUUAAUUACUUUUUGAAAGCAACUUAUGCAAAACCGCUUUCACCGCAAGUUGCUACGACUCCAAAGGCACAUCGCGCUCACUGCCCGACCCGCACGCGCAGGUGUCCCGCCCCAGCCCCGGCGUCCGUACAGCUGCACCUACUGCAGCUACACGUCCAACAAGGGCUCCAACCUGUCCAAGCACAAGCGCAUCCACACGGGAGAGCGCCCCUACCGUUGCGAGCACUGCCCCAAGUCCUUCAGCGACCGCUGCAACUUCAAGCAGCACCUGCGCAUCCACGCCAAGGAGCGCCGACCGUUCCAGUGCACCCGAUGCGCCCUCACCUUCAGGCACCAGGCUGAACUGUUCCAGCACACCCAGUCGCCGGUUGCGGCCGGCCGCUAUCCGUGCGGGGAGUGCGGCCUGGCACUGGACUCCAAGUGCGCCCUCGCUUUACACCUGCACUCCCACACGCCCGUGGCCACGUUCCAGUGCGCCUUCUGUCCCACGUCGUUCACGCGAGAAGUGAACCUGGCCAAGCACAUGCACAUCCACACGCGCGGCUCGCCUUUCAAGUGAACAGGGGAGAUGGUGCUUUCUUGUGUGGGGAUCGAACAUUAUGAAAAAUGCUAGAUUUAUAUUGAUCUUUAAUAGAUGUAGUCGGUGUGCACAGAAUCUGUUUCCGUGGCACUCAUUAAGAUAUUUAGGGGAUAAAAGCGCUAAAAA